AUGAUGUUCAAAAUUAUAGUUCCUAGAAAGGUGUUAGCAUCAAAAAUAUCAAUAGCACCAAAAAGAUGGUAUCAUUUUGAAUUGCUAAAUUUGAAGAUUGGUCAUAUCAAACAAGUGGAAUUACAUCCAGAUUCUGAUAAAUUAUACAUAUCUCAGGUAGAAGUAGGUAGUGAUAUUGAUAAACCUUCUGUAAAACAGAUAUGUAGUGGUUUGCGUGAAUACAAAAGUAAAAGCGAUUUAUUUGACCAAGCUGUUGUAGUACUGGACAAUAUAAAGAAAUGUAAAUUAAGAGGUGAAAUAAGUGAAGCCAUGCUUCUUUGUGGAGAAAAUACUUCUAAAAAUGUAGUUCAGCUAUGUAAACCUGAAAAAUUUAAUGCGUCUUUUAUAGGCAAGAAUGUGGUCUUAGGUAAUAAAAUUCCAAUUAGGCCGCCUACAGAUAGAAAGAUCAAACCAAAAGAGUGGGAAGACAUUAGCUCUAGGUUAUCAAUUGGAGAUAAUAAUGUUGUCACAUAUCGUGAUGAGGAGACGAAUGAAGUCAAACAGUUGUUCAUCAUUGGUGAAAAUGAUGAAUUUAUUCCCAUAGUUGUUGAUAGUUUACCGAAGGGUAGUGUUGUAAGAUGA